AUGUACCGGCCAAUGAGAGACUAUCCCUGUCCAGAGUGUGACAAGUGUUUCACCACCCCGCUAGAACUGGCCCGGCACCAGCGUGGCCACCUGCCCCGGAAGCAGUUUUUAUGCGCCAUGUGCAGUAAAACCUUCAGCAGUAAGUCAGACCUGAGCCGACACCAGAGAAUUCACAGCGGGGAAAAGCCUUUCAUGUGCUACGAGUGCGGAAAAUGUUUCAGCAAAAAAUCUGACGUCCUCCGUCACGAGAAAAUCCACAGCGGGGAGAAGCCAUUCUCCUGCCCACAGUGUGGGAAAUGUUUCAGCCGCGACUCGCACCUCAGUCGCCAUCAGAGAAUUCACACGGCAGAGAAAGCCUUCACCUGCUCUGAGUGUGGCAAAGUCUUCACACGGGAAAUGCAGCUUCAGCGUCACGUCCGAGUCCAUACCGGGGAGAAGCCCUUCUCCUGCUCCGAAUGUGGCAAAUGUUUCCGCAAGAAGUCGGACGUGUCGCGGCACGAGAAGAUUCACACCGGAGAGAAGCCCUUCAUAUGUUCUGAGUGCGGAAAACGAUUCAGCCGCCAUUCGCACUUGGUCAUCCAUCGCCGUGUGCACACCGGGGAGAAAACCUUCUCGUGUUCGGAGCUCAUUUCCCACCGGCGGAUUCAUACCGGGGAAAAACCAUUUGCUUGCACGGAAUGCGGAAAAUGCUUUGUCACCAAAUCUGACCUGGUGCGCCACCAGCGCAUUCACACCGGGGAGAAACCCUUUGCCUGUUCAGAGUGCGGAAAAUGCUUUAGCCGUCACACCUAUCUCGGCAUCCACCAGCGAGUUCACACAGGAGAGCGACCGUUCGUCUGCUCCGAGUGCGGCAAGUGCUUCAGCCAGAGGACGGCACUGGCAGCACACAGCAGAACGCACACUGGAGGCCGGCCGUUCGCCUGCUCGGAGUGUGGAAAAUGUUUCAGCAAGAAGUCUGAUCUCCUCCGCCACCAACGCAUUCACACUGGUGAGAAGCCCUUCACUUGUCCCGAGUGCAGCAAAUCCUUCAGCCGACACACUUACCUGAUGAUCCACAAGAGAAUCCACACCGGAGAAAAACCCUUCCUUUGUGCCGAGUGUGGCAAACACUUUACCUAUCGAUCCCACCUCACCCGACAUCAGAGGAUCCACUCCGAAGGCUCCCUCUCCGAAUGA